CACUGGCUUUGCGCACCUCUUACUUUCUUAUCAUAAACUGUCACCUCGUUGCUUGCACAGUUUGCAGCCAGUUACGUGUCGGUACCUAGUUAAUCCAGACGUAUUUUACGCGACUCGUAUUGUUCGUACGGACUUCCACUCUCCAAAUUUGCAUUAGAUCAUCAAUCGACUAUUUAAUUUUAAUUCGUGACGAAAGUAAAGUUAUUUCCUCUUUGCGCGUUUAUUUUCUAUAAAUGUCGGUUUAGUGUAUCUCCUUCAUGUUGAUUUGAUAGUAUCAUUAGGAUGACCAAUUGUGCUGGUUAUUAGCCGUGGCUUGGGAGUCCCAUGAGUUUUGCAUUGUUACAGCACUCGUUGUUCCUGGCAGUCCGAUAAGCUGAACACUGGAGUCUCUACUACCGCCUUCGUACGGUGCCUUGAAUGGGAAUCACUUCAGUCGCUACCUUCGUACGGUGCCCUAAAUGGGACUCUUUAUGGAUCCUUUGUUGAAUGAAGCAUUGGCUAAUCCUGAGAUAAACAACUUUAUCAAUAAGGACAAACUGGAGAGAUUUCGUGAUACUGGUGAAGUGCGUAUUGAAGAUGAUGUUUUGUUUAUUGAAGAUGGAUGUGUCAACUGGACUAAAAUACCCAGGACUGUCCACGAAAUUGAAGAUUGGAUUGCCGGUGUUGAUGAUGAUUCCAAACACGAUUGAAUGAAUUUACAACAUUUUGAAGCUGAUAUUGAUAUCAUUUUUAUGUAUUCUGUUAAAAGAUAUAAAAAGAGCAAUAUAUAAUUACAUAUUAUUAUUCUGUUUUCAUGCAUAUUUUGUUAAAAAUGGUGUAUAUAUUGAGAAAUUGAGUUUGUGAUUCUACAUGUUUGAAUAAAAUUGUUGUUUUAUA